AUGUCCGCAUCAUUGUCAAUCGCCCUUGUUUUUGGCGCCGGCCAAAACGUAGGAGCCGGCGUCGUCAAAGCCUUCUCUGCCAAAGGGUACAGGAUAGCAACAGUGUCGCGGACAGCUACGGCGGACGCAAGCGACAAGCGACUCCACAUCCAGGCCAACCUGGAGGAUCCCGAAAGCGUCUCAACAGUUUUCGAAACCGUCCGCAAGCAACUUGGCCAUCCAAGCGUAGUUGUCUACAACGGCGCGGCGGCCUCGUUCGUGAACAAGGAGGACCCAUUGGAAAUUUCUCUCAAGGAUGCCGUUCGUGAUAUGAAUGUCAAUACCUUCAGCGCUCUCGCUGCGGCAAAAGAGGCCGUCAAGUCCUUCGAGGCGCUGCCAAAGGACGCAGCCCGGACCUUUAUCUUUACUGGAAACAUAACGAAUUCUCAGCCAAUCCCAGCAUUGAUGAGUCAGGGAAUGGGAAAGAGCGCUACAGCGCACAUGAUCCAGACGGCAGCGUCAGUCUACGCGGACCGCGGAUACAGCUUCUAUUACGCAGAUGAGCGCAAGGCUGACGGUGCUGCUGUGUACCGUGCUAUUGAUGGAGAGGCACAUGGGAAGUUCUAUGUGGAGCUUUCCGAGAAGGAUCAAGGCCCGUGGCUGGCGACGUUUGUCAAGGGCACCGGUUACGUAGACUUUUCUUAG